AUGGCGGCGCCGGCGGAGGCGGAGGUGGCCGCGGGCUUCACCGAGGCGGCUGAAGCAGCGGAACUGACCCGCGCGCUAGGCCGCCUGCUACCGGGGCUGGAGACCGAAAGUAAGCUGGGGCGGCGGCGCGCUCUCGAGGCUCUGGAGCACGCACUGGAAGAGGCGGUGCGGCCCGGAGCGGAUUCCGCUGCUUUCCAGGGCCCCUGGGCUCGUCUCCUGCUGCCGCGCCUGUUGCGACUUCUGACCGAUCCGGCCGAGGGCUGCCGCGCGUUGGCUGCUCACCUGCUGGACUUAGGCCUGCGCCGCGCCGCGCGGCCCGGCGACGCUCUGCCGCGCCUGUUGCCCGCGCUCACCGCGCGCCUGGCCCGACCUGAACCCACGCGGCCGCCUCCUGAACCCUGCGAAGAGCUGCGUCUCGCCCUCGUGCAACUGCUCCACUUGGCCGUGGACCUGGGCGGCGCCGCGCUCGCACCCCACCUGGACGACGCGGUGCGCGCGCUGCGGGGCGCGCUGCUCGAUCCCUUCGCCGCGGUGCGCCGCGAGGGUUGCGAGUGCGCAGCCGCUCUGGCGCGUGCCACUCCGGACCACUUCCACAUGCAGUCGGAGUCCCUGAUAGGCCCCCUGAUGCAGACCGUCUCCCACCAGCACUGGAAGGUCCGGGUAGCCGUCAUCGAAGCCACGGGCACUGUGAUCCAGUUUGGCAACGGGAAUUCGGUGGAUGAUGUUCUUUCUCACUUUGCUCAAAGACUCUUCGAUGAUGUCCCUCAGGUCCGGCAGGCAGUGACGUCGGUGGUGGGGGGAUGGCUGCUGAAUCUCCGUGACCGCUACUCCUUCUUACACAAACUCAUCCCACUUCUGCUCAGCAGCUUCAGCGACGAAAUGCCUGAGGUCCAGCAGAUAGCCACUAGCCUCUGGGAGAAGGUCGGGCUGCAGUGGCAGGAGGAGAACGAGGCAGAUCUAAAAGACAAGCUGGACUUUGCUUCGCCUCCUCCUCCCAACUACCCUGAGCACG